AAUAAUAAAUAUACAGUAUCUAAAAUAAAAAUUAAUAGCUUUAUAAUUUUUAUAACUCCGUUAUAUAAUUUUUAACUCAUGAUGCCAAAAUCAAAUUCAACUCUUGACGAAACUACUUCAGUUCCACCUAAAGCACAAGCGAAUGCUGCUCCAUUAGGUUUAUCAUCUUUCGCGAUGACUUUAUUCGUUUUUUCAAUGUAUUUAAUUGGAACCGGAGGAGUAGUCAAUCAUAAUGUCGCUCUUGGUUUAGCUUUAUUCUAUGGUGGUUUUAUUCAAGUAUUAGCUGGAAUUUUUGAAAUGAUGAGAGGUGAUAUUUUUCAUGGAACGAUUUUCCCAUCUUUUGGUGGCUAUUGGAUCUGUUUCGGAUUCAUUAAUUAUGACGCCACAGGUAUUCUUUCUUCUUAUAAAGAUAAUCCAGAAAUGUUAAGGAAUGCACUUGGUAUUUUUCUUGUGGGUUGGACAAUUUUUGCUUUCAUCAUGUUAUUAUGUGCAUUAAAAUCGAAUCUCGUGCUGAUUACAAUUUUAUCCUUAUUGGUUAUCAUUAAUACUUUACUUACAACCGCAACCUUUACCGGAUUAAAAUCUUUCGAAGUCGCUGGUGGUGUUUUUGGAGUUAUCGCUGCUUUUUGUGCUUGGUAUUUGGCAUUAGCAUUAAUAUUACAAAAAGAAUCUUCUUAUUUCACUUUAAAAACUUGGCCGAUAGAACGUAUACACACUUUAUCUACUGAUAAAGUUUAAAAGUAAAUAGAUGAACUUUUUUUUUUUUUUUUUGACAAUUUUAUUCGAACAAUUUUACAAAAUCACGAACUUAAAAAGAAAGUUUAAAGUGAAAAAAAUUUUUAUUCAAACAUUUUAACAAAUUUACGA